UUUCUGGUACCGCGGACCCUCCUCAAAAUCAUCUCAUAUAUAUUUUGGUUAACAUACUGAUUAAAAGGACAAGUAUUUUUGGUCACGUGUUUUUACUCCAAAGUGGAAGGUAUGACACGUACAGCAAUACACCUCGCGGACCCCCAGUUGAAAAACAAUGGGUUACACGCUGCCAAUUGCUCCAUGAAACAAGACCCACGUUUCCAGUCUCCACGUCGUCUUCCUGUUCUUGAAUUGGAUACUGGUGAAUUUCUCUUCUCCACAAAUUCAGCCAGUCGGCUGUUGUUUCCACCUCUGCAAAGUUCCGCUGUAGCAGUAGAUCAGUGGCUAGAAUGGGAAUCUUCACAGUUACAGCCUGUGCUUGCGUUUUACCUGAGUGCUACGUCCAAACCAGACACAGGAGUCAUCAGCCACCUGAAGGAGCUUUUAACUACCUUGAACUUGGCUCUCUCUGGAAAGGAGUUCCUUACUGGGCAAGGAGUAACUGCAGCAGAUGUAGCUGUUUGGAGUAUUCUGUUACCAUUGGCAACAGGAACCAAACAACAGAAGGAACUAUUGUCAGAACAUUCACAAGUACAGCAUUGGUUUUCACGUCUCGGUGCGCAUCCUGAAGUGAAGGCUGCAGUAGACCUGUUAUCUCCUAAAGCUGGAAUGGAUGCUUACCACAGCUUGGCGACUGCAACUUGGUAUCCAGUUAACGCAGUCGUUUCUCAAACAGAAAAAGUCUCACACGUUCGAAUUCCAUCUGUAAACAGUCUUGAUGGUAUGUCCAAAGAAUCACCACUUUCAGAAGCGGAAAUUAAUGCGGCAGCUGAAGCAUGGCAAAAUGGUGCUGCCAGGAGACCAAAACCCAAGCCCCAAGUUUGUCCUGUGUUGCCUGUGCCUGGAGAGCACAAUGUGUUAAUUUCAUCAGCACUACCAUAUGUAAACAAUAUACCACAUCUGGGUACUAUUAUUGGCUGUGUCCUGUCGGGUGAUGUUUUUGCACGGUUUUCCCGGUUGUGCAAUAACAACACAUUAUAUAUCUGUGGUACGGAUGAAUAUGGAACUGCUACAGAAACAAAGGCCUUGGAGGAGGACCUGACACCACAACAAAUCUGUGAUAAGUAUUACAAGAUCCAUGAUGCUGUCUAUAAGUGGUUUAAUAUCAGCUUUGACCAUUUUGGGCGUACAACUACUCCAGAGCAAACAGAAAUCAGUCAAGACUUGUUUCUUCAGUUGUAUGAGAAUGGCUUCUUGACAAUGGAGUCUGUGGAGCAACUGCUUUGUGAGAACUGUGACAGAUAUUUAGCAGACAGAUUUGUAGAAGGAACGUGUCCUCGUUGUGCCUAUUUGGAUGCACGAGGUGACCAGUGUGAUGGCUGCGGUCAUCUCGUUAAUGCCACAGAACUCAUUUCUCCUCGGUGUAAAAUCUGCCAGAAAAAACCAGUCGUAGCGAAAUCAGAUCAAUUUUUUCUCGAACUUCCGAAGACAGAGCCCCUGUUGAGAAAAUGGUUGAGUGGAGUUAUAGGUGGUUGGUCAAACAAUGCACGAGUUAUCACCCAGGCAUGGUUGAAGGAUGGACUUAAACCCCGUUGUGUUACUAGAGAUCUUAAAUGGGGGGUCCCAGUACCAUUGGAUGGCUACAGAAACAAGGUGUUUUAUGUCUGGUUUGAUGCUCCAAUUGGGUACAUGAGCAUAACAAAAACAUAUACAGACCAGUGGGAGAAGUGGUGGAGACCAGAGAGCACUACGUCUGUUUCAUACUAUAACUUUAUUGGAAAAGAUAAUGUUCCUUUCCACUCUGUUAUGUUUCCUUCGUGUCUGCUUGGGACUUAUAGGAACUACACACUUGUUAGCUAUAUAAUGGCUACAGAGUUCCUAAACUAUGAAGAUGAAAAAUUCUCUAAGAGUAGAGGUGUAGGAGUUUUUGGCACUGAUGCCAAAGAGACUGGUAUUCCAUCUGAUGUGUGGCGUUUCUACCUCCUGUAUGUUCGACCAGAAUCACAAGAUUCUAAUUUUAGUUGGGUGGAUCUUGCCACUAAGAAUAACUCUGAAUUGCUGAAUAACCUGGGUAAUUUUGUCAACAGGGCUCUUGUAUUUGUUGAAAAGAAUUUUUCGUGUCAAGUUCCCAAGAUGUCACCUGGUACUCAGGAGUGGACGCUUUUGGCAUUUAUAACUCGUGAGGUGAAGGCCUAUAUGGUUGCUUUGGAAAAUGCCAAACUACGUGAUGGGAUUCGUCACAUUUUGAAUAUAUCUCGUCAUGGGAACCAGUACAUGCAACUGCUUCAACCUUGGGUACUUAUAAAGGGCAGUGAUGCAGACAGAGCCCGAGCAGGUACGGUCAUUGGCAUCUGCUGCAACAUUGCCUGUCUUUUGGCAGUUCUGUUGAAACCGUACAUGCCUGUGACAGCGGAUACUUUGAAAGAGCAAUUGCAAGCACCGGAUGAUGUCUGGAUUAUUAUACCUGAAUUCACAGUUCUACUUCCUGCAGGACACAAGCUGGGCAAGCAUCCAUCUCCGCUCUUCAGUAAGAUCGAGCCAGCUAGAGUGGAUAGGCUCAAACAGCAGUUUUCCGGGCGACAGAAAUCUCGAUCACCAGACCAAAAUACUGCUGCUAAAUCAGCGCCUCCUCCAGUGAAUGUGGCCACCAAUCAAAUGCAGGCAGAUGCGUCUGUAAUUUCCAAGUUAUCAGCUGCUGUUGCGCAACAGGCUGAACUAGUACACAAGAUGAAGGCAAGUGGAGCAGCGCGCUCUAUCUGGCAGCCUCACGUUGCAGUGUUGAUGGAGUUGAAGCAACAGUUGGCGUCUGCUCAGAUUUUUAACGGUGGUCUGAAUGAAGUCGGUGCCGCUACUUCAAACGGAUUACAGGCGACUAAUCUGGCUGAUGUGGCUCGACUUGAGGCAGAGAUCGUGAAGCAGGGAGACCUCAUUCGCCAGAUGAAGUUGCGUGGUGUGUCCAAGAGUGAGUGGCAGCCCGAGCUGAACGUCUUGCUGAGCCUGAAGUCUGAGCUGGCUGCCGCUCAAGGUUCUCCUCUACCUCCUAAAGGCAAGAGCAAA